AUGGAGCGCGUUACCCUCAGUGCACCAUUCAAUGGAAGACGAUUGCUUUCCAAUGAAUCCCUUGUUGAAAGUCAAGAGGCGAGGAAAGGUGGAUUAUCCUCAAAUAAAUUUCCAGGACGUGGGCGGAGUGUUGAACCCCCGUUACAAUCGCAAGACAAGGACCCAACCAUCAAGAAACCCACAGCGCUGGUGAUGGCACCGUUGGGGAAUACCGGGUUGGCACUACCUCGUCUGCCUACAGUGCCCGUGCCGAACGUCAGGCGCCGAAUUUUUAAGCGCCCGAGCCUACACAUCCCAGUUGGGACGUUGGAACCUGUUAUAAACUUGCGUCAACUGAAGAAAGUGGGGGAACAGGUCGGCCGUCGGCAUGGUGAACACACUCUAAGUCGUAACACUGAAGUUGGGACCGAGUGGAAGACCGGCUCUGGUGUUGGAGAACUCGCAAAUGCGAAGAAGUCUCUACGACCCCGGACAGCGUUGGAGUCACCCACGGCAGCGCGCCGGCGGGCACAAUCAGAGACAAUUGCAGAUCCCUUCACCAUCCGUCGCGAGGGGUGCGUCUCAUUGGGAUUGAGUCAGGGCUUGAAAAGCGGCUCGGUACUCGCUCAUACAUUAUCAUCGAUGCGGCCGAGGUCGACAGUUGUUGAUGGCCUUGUUUGCUCCUCUUUACGACAACAAGAACAACCGGAAGGUGUUUUCGCAAGCGAAUGCGGAGGGAUCAUGGGAUACGGUGCAACAGCAACAACAAACGCUCUGUUUUCUUCUUCAAAUUCGCCUAAUAAGAUUACUGACGAAACUUCUGGUAUGUGUAUGAGCGACAGCUUUAGCGGGGGAUCGAGCAGCGGUGAUGGCAGUGACAUUGAGGAUCUUGAUGACGAAGGGAAUAGUCGCCCACAUUCCUGUUUCGGGGAUAGAAUUGUGAUUAGUGUCUCUUCUGGUAAUAACAGAGGAGGGCGGUACUUCACCCAUGAAAGUAAGAUAAGAGAUAUUUCCCGCCGGGUGGCGUACAACAAUUUUCUUGACGAAGAAGAUAUUCCUGUGGUCUCUACACGUAGCCUUGUUCGUAGGCCAAACGGAACCCGCGUAACAAUGAAAGAGGGCAUCAAGGAGGAUGGCAUUCCUUCUACGACCCAGUAA